AUGGGCAGCAAACGAAAGAGAGCCGAGCCUUCGGGCGCCGCGGCGAAAGAGGAGCCCGCCGUCACGAAAAAGUCAAAGACGGCAGCAGAGCCGUUCACGAUCCAGAUAGUAGCCGGCUCCUACGACCGGGUGCUGCACGGCGUCACCGCGACCGUCUCCCCCGACGACGAGGUCGAGUUCGCCGACACGUUCCUCUUCAACGCUCACAACUCGGCAAUACGAUGUCUCGCCCUCUCCCCCGUGUCGGCGCCCGAGCCCGGCAAGGGCCAGAAGGUGAUGCUGGCCACGGGGAGCACCGACGAACGGAUCAACGUCUUCAACAUCUCAGCACACCCACCGAAGAAGCAGGACAAGGACUUGCUGUCCGUGAUAGCCCCGCGCAAGAUCCUCGAGAACCCCAGGAACCGAGAAGUCGGCACGCUGCUGCACCACUCGUCCACCGUCACCAAGCUCUCCUUCCCGACCAAGUCGAAGCUCAUCUCUGCCUCGGAGGACUCUACGAUCGGCGUCACGCGCAUAAGAGACAUGACGCUGCUCAGCAGCAUCAAGGUCCCGAUACCGAAGCCGCUCGGGCGGCCUAGCGGAGACACGGCGGCACUGGGCGCCACCCCGGCGGGCGUGAACGAUUUCGCGGUGCACCCGAGCAUGAAGCUCAUGAUCAGCGUCAGCAAGGGCGAGCGAAGCAUGCGUCUCUGGAACCUCAUGACGGCCAGGAAGGCGGGUGUUCUGAACUUUGGCCGGGAUAUCCUGCAGGAGAUUGGGGAGGCGAGGCAUUCGUCCGGCGAGGGCAGGUCGAUCCUGUGGCACCCUUCGCAGAACGGUGACGAGUUCUGUGUGGGGUUCGACAGAGAUAUCCUGGUCUUUGGCAUGGACGGCACCUCGAAAUGCCGGGUCAUGCCGGACCACAAGACCAAGAUACACGAGUUCUGCUACAUCACUACGGACGAUGAAGAGUCUGUCCUGCUCGCCGUCGCAACCGAAGACGGCAGGAUCAUGUUCUUCUCCACCAGCCCAGAGGAUCUGAUGGAGAGCAAGUCCUCAGGCGACAAGAAGGCACCACAAUUACAAGUCGCGAAGUUCGUGGCGCAGAUGGGCGGCAAGGAAGCGGGCGUGCAGGGGCGGAUCAAGGACUUCUCGGUGCUGAGGCCAUCGCACGACCCGGAGUCGCUCUACUUUACCUGCGGCAGCAGCGACGGCAAGAUCCGGAUCUUCAAGACCAGCGUGGGCGAGCUGAACAAGGCCAAGAAGGGCAAGGAGGCGAAGCGGGUUGGCAAGUCGCUGGGGACAUAUGAGACGCAGAACAGGAUAACGUGCUUGGAGGCUUUCGUGAUGAUACCCAGACCCGAGGGAGUGGAGGAAAGCGAGGAUGAGUUCGAGGACGUGUCCAGUGACGAUGACGAGGCGGACGACCAGGACGAAGACGAAGACGAGGAGGAUGACGACGAAUAA